GACUUUCUCCACCCCCCAAAACCCAUUGGCUUUUCCCAAGCCUUUAGUGGGAACCCUCUAAUUCAUUAGUGUAAAGCACACCACUGUCUUGAUCGGCGUCAGUGUCAGUGGAAUUUCACCGCAAGACAUCAUGGUCAGGAUCAGCAACAUGGGAAUUGUCUCUUUAUGCAUAGUAUUGCUGCUGGGGUUAGAGAUCUGCAUAGCAGCAAGGCAAGAACUGAUAGUUACCACCAUCAAGCAAGACCCCUACACAAUGAGCAAGGGCUCGCAGUUGGAAGGCUACUGUAUGGAUCUGCUCACUGAGCUGGCUAAGAAACUGGGUUUCAAAUACAAAGUUCACCUGGUGAAGGAUGGAGCGUAUGGUCGGCAGGAUGAAAGUGGAAACUGGAACGGAAUGAUCGGGGAGGUUGUUAGAGGGGAAGCUGAUCUCGCCGUGGCUCCCCUCACUCUCACUGCGGCCCGUGAGAAGGCAGUGGGAAUGACAAAACCUUACAUGCAGACCGGAAUCAGUAUCCUCCUCCGCAAAGAUAUCGUUUCGGAGGAGGCCGGGUUUUUUGACUUCCUCUCCCCCUUCUCUGGGGAGACCUGGUUCGGCAUCCUGAUUGCAUACUUUGUGACUGCAGUCUGCAUCUGCAUUGUGGGAAGGUUGAGUCCAUGUGAGUGGAGUCAGCCUGAGACAGAGCCAAAUCACUUCACUCUCCUCUACAGUUUGUGGUACGCUGCGGGAGCCCUAAGCCUGCAAGGUGCAGGCCCUCACCCUAAAGCUGUGUCAGGAAGGGUUAUCAGUUGUACCUGGUGGUUGUUUGCCCUGGUGCUCCUGGCCUGUUAUUUUUCCAGCCUCAGUUCCUCUCAGGGGCCUGACUCUGCACCGCUCAUGAUUAAAGGUUUUGAGGACUUGGCUAAUCAGGACGUAAUAGAAUAUGGAACACUUGCCGGCUCCUCAACUCUUGCUUUCUUUAAGAACUCAAAUAACCCAUCUUACCGUCGUAUCUAUGAGCACAUGGAGCGGAGAAAGAGUUUUGUGUCCUCCAUGGAUGAGGGUGUCCAGAGAGCAAAGGAAGGAAACUAUGCUUUUAUUGGAGAAUCAGUUUCCUUGGACUUGGCUGUGGCACGCCAUUGUGAACUGAUCCGGGCUCAUGAGGUCAUCGGGAUGAGAGGUUACAGCAUUGUAACUCCUCUUGGAUCUCCAAUGCUGAAGAACCUGAGUGUCGCCAUCCUGCAGCUGAGUGAGGCUGGGGAGCUGGCGUACCUGCGCACUAAGUGGUGGGCCAGCAGCUGUAUACCGGAUAGUGCCAAAGGCUCGUCUCUGAGGGCCCAUGGCAUGAAGGGCAUCUUCCUGGUUCUGGCUAUAGGCCUUGGGAUUGGAGUGCUGCUGUCCUUGUUUGAACUCACCUCAAAGUCUCGCAGCACUGCAGGGGAGCAGAAGAAAUCCUGCUGUGCAGUUUUGACUCAGGAGCUGAGCCAGCGUUUGAGAAUGACCAACACACAAGGAGACCAGGAAACCUCAGACAAAAACAAGGCAUAAAAUGCUCAACAACUCUAAUGUAAUAUGCAAGUCUUACAUUAUUAGGUUUGUACAUUAUCUGGUGCAAGGUAUCAAUACUAUUUCCCAAGUUAGAAAAUUCAACUUUUUAACCUUUCAUAUUUUUAACUGAUUUAGAUAAGCUGUACUUAAACUUCAGAGAUUAUAAUACAUAAUCUUAUUUUCUUUUCUUUUUACAUUUAAGUAAAAUUUUCUCUACAAUGAAGAUGCAAUGAGAAACGCAAAAUCUCAUGCACUGCAUUGUAUAAGAUCAAUCUUGAAACAAUAUAGAAACAGAAUUUUUUAGACCAGUAUUAUGACACAAAAAUGUUAAAUGUGAAAUCUUUUUUGCGAAUGAAUGACAAAGAUUGGAGACAACUGAACAGAGUAAAUUUGAUUUUUAUGUUUGUUAAAUGCUGUACAUCAGAGGAAAUGUUUGUAAUAAAUUUAAAAAUGCAAAGAAAAUGUCUAUUAAAAGUAAAAAUUACAAGUAACA